AUGGAAGAACAACAACAAUCCAAUCCUCCUGACAAUGAUGAUCUCCCGGAGAGGCCGGCGGUCGACUACCACUCCAAUGUGGACACGUCGCGGCCUUUUCGCUCCGUCAAGGAGGCAGUCGCCAUAUUUGGGGAACGUAUCUUGCUACCCGAAAUCCACAACCCCAAACCCUUUACUUUCCCAAAGAAAGAAACCCCGUUUUACUCACCAAGCCCAAGAACAGAUGACAAGGAUCAUCGACACGAUUCCAACUAUUCAAGCCCUAGGGGCUCGACUUACAGCAUCAACCUCGAUGGAAAACUUUCAGACACCGUCAAGAAGCUUAAGGCUGAGCUGGAGGACACCAAGGCAGAGCUCAAGCUGCUCAAGGAACGGGAAUCGGAGACUGAAGUAGCGCUGGCCUCCCUCAAUGCGGAGCUCCACAAAAACAUGUCCAAGCUGGCGCUGGCAGAGGCUGCCAUGGCCAAGAAAGCUGCAGGGGAUGUAAUAAGAGAGGAGGAGAAAAAAAGGGAUGCCUAUUUGAGGAUGGAGAGCAGUGAUCCUUCGCCACGUUUGGCUCAGAUUUUGAGCAUUGGGGAAAAUGAAGGGCUGUUUGUGGGGAAGAAGAAGGAGAGGAAAGCAGCAGCAGCAAAGAAGAAGAAACCGAUCAUUCCACUUGUUGGCGAGCUGUUUGCAAGGAAGAAGGGAGCAUCAGCUACCUCCUUGCAAAACCCUCUUUAUGCAUCCUCGCAUCUCCAGUGGAACUAGAGAGACAAGCAAAAGUUAGAUCAUAUGUCACGUUAUGAUUAUGGGUGUUUUCAUUUGAGGAUCGAAGAGUAAUGUUUAUUGUUUUUGUUUCGUGUUUUUUAUAUGUGGAUGGUUCAUGUUUAUUCUCUCUAAAUUGUGCGAUGUUAUUACGUAUUGUGAUACGGGUAGUUGUCAUUUCCACGUUUAUAUAUUUCAAAUCAUGUAGGGGUUGUUUACUCUAA